AUGCCGAACCUGUUAAGCCUUGUAGAGGACAGCGUCCUGCAGUCGCUCUCCAGUUUCCUCGCACUCACCUCCUCUGGGUUUGAGCAGGAUGACCUGCCAUUAGUCCUGUAUGUUUUGGGUAACAUCACAAGAAACGCUCAGCGGAGCGACCUGCGCCUAGACGUGGACACGGUAAAAAAAGUGCUUGCAGUCUCAGACCAGCUGAUCCACUCCAUCUCCUCAGAUCCUGUAUUCAGUCUGGAGAAGAACCUGGGUCCUCAGUUACUGAUGUGUCUCGAGAACCUUCUAUCGGUCAUGAACACCACUGAUCGUUCCUUUAGUGUAUCCUUCAGGCAACUCGACCUGCACUGCUCCGUGGCCCCCUGUGAUGUUCUGGAAGAUAAUGGGGUCCUCACUGUGGACUCGGGGACCACGGUGUCACUGCCCAGAGAUGAUACUAAUUAUCCUCCUAGAUGUCUGGUGAACAUGUUGUCUAUGACGUUCAGACCCCAGAAUAGAAGCUUCAGCAGCCAGUAUAACUGUCCUGGAGAACCAGGCUCUUCUUACUCCUUGGCCAGCGACAUACGUACAAACGUUUUGAGGUUUAACGAUAGAACUUACCACGUGGCUGACAUCAAUAUGACUUUCACAUGUAAGAACAAGAGUUGUGACCAGAACCCAACAUGUGUGUUCUGGGAUUUCAUUCUCAAUAAGUGGUCAUCAAAGGGUUGUCUAACACAAGUCCUCGAUGGAGUCACCAGCUGCUUGUGUCACCAUCUGACAUCAUUCUCAAUCCUUAUGUCAGGAUCUCUACCCAAAUCCUUUGCAGAUUCACCAGCUCUGGAUUGUAUGACAAAGACUGGACUCAUGGUCUCCACAGUGUCUCUUCUCAUCUGUGUCUCCAUCCAAGUCAUCCUGCUGACACGCACCCAUCACGGUAUGGCCUUUCAUAGGCACAUGACCAUCCUCCAUAUGUCCAUGUUCCUCCUAAUCAGCCAUAUCUCCUUCUUAGUUUCAAGCUUCAUUGACCCUGAUGCUCAGAAGAAGCUUUGUGAUGCCCUCACCUUCUGCACCCACUUGUCCCUCUUGGGUUUCUUCGCUUGGACCUUGGUUCAAGGAACUUGUUUAGUUCUCAGAUUAGUUUUUGUUUUCCAUCACGUGACCAUGACAGAAUUUACGAUUUUGUCAGUGGUGCUGGGAUACCUGUGCCCUUUGGCUAUAGCGGUGGGGACCUUCGCGGCUUACUACCCUCAUCAUUACAGGAGGGAUGAUGGAUGCUGGUUGAAUAACAGUUCUGGUGCCUCCAUGGCCUUCAUCGUCCCCACCAUAGUCAUCAUGUCAUUGAACGUUCUGGUUCUUGUUAUGGUCAUCCGUAAGCUCCUCCGACCAACGAUCUCAGAGGUGAAGAAUGAGGAUGAAGAGGUGGUGAAGAAGGUGGCCAAGGCCGUCCUCUUCUGCACCCCACAGUUUGGGUUGACUUGGGCCAUCGGGAUCCCUCUGCUCACAAAUUAUGAUGGUGAAUGGCUGCACUACCUGUUUGAUCUACUCAACCCUUUACAGGGCGUCUUUAUCCUGCUCUUUGGGUGUCUACUGGACAAUAAGGUCAAGCUUCUUGUGAAGAAAUACUUCCUGAAGAAGUCCUCUAACAGCAACCUGAUAACGUCUGUCAGCAGUUCUGGCUGAUUCCUUACAAGUGACCUUGGAAGGACGUGACUACGGAGAUCUCCUGCGCUUGGACCUUCACCAGUCACAGUGUGAAUAUGGAA